UUGCGAGUUCUACAAAGCAGCCUGCGCCCCAGAUGCUACAAUGAGUCUGGUGUAUUACAAAUGUAAUAAAACUGGUCUGUUGUAUGCCAAUACCACUCGACCCACUAAACAUCCACAUCGAGAACACCCGACACACAGCCCGUAUAUCUGCAAUAAGAUCGCCACUGACGGCUGCCCAGACUCCUGGAAAGUGGAGAACCUCAUGAUAUGUGGAAACGACAGAAACAUUUACAGGAGCAGGUGUGCUUACGACACAGCCAAAUGCGCCAAUCCGCGACUGAGAGCAGCCUGGAACCUGCAGAAGUGUCUGCGUGAGGGAUCGACACAGGAACCGCUUCUUUAAGUGAACGCUAAGAAAACCGAUUUUUUUAAUUUAUUUAUUGUUAUUAUACUUUAUUCAUUGAGGGAGAAAUAUGCUAAAUCUAAAAUUGAUCUCCUCCAUAGCUCUCAUGAUGUAAGUUGAAAUAAAUAAGUAAAAUAUAAAAGAUUAUGUUUCAACUAUCAAAAUACCAAUAAAACAUUGUACAUAUAACAACAACAACAUUAAAUAUCCUCAUUUUUUUAUUAAAUUAUAUAGGCUGAUUUUAAACUUUGUAAUGUUUUCGAAUUUAAUGUCAUAUCAACAUUAUUUCAUAAACGCGCGGUGCUCCAGACGGGCCUGGUAAAUACUAGUAUGUCUGUUCUUUGGUCCAAGAUCUGUUUGUCUCUUUGUUAUAGCAGAUAUUUCAGUGGUUAAUAAAUCAGUCAGGUGUCAACCCAUUUUGAGGCUUUUAUAUAACUGUAAAUUUUCUACAUCUUUUCUAUCAUAAAUGGCGAGCAAGUUGAAGUCUUUAAAUAGUUUAAAAUAGGAAUGUUUUUGUGCCUUGGGUCUCAAACUGGUUCCCAUAUGGACUGUGGUGUGGGUCCCAGUAUGAUUGGCGACCAGUUGCUUUAACCGGCAAACUGGUUUCUAAAAGAACGCCUGUAAGUGUCUUGUCGCGUAUGUUUUCGCUGUGCAUGUAGCAUCGAAAACCUGGAGGCGAAUCAAAAACCAAUUUGUGGUAUCCAACCGCUUGCUAAUAGGUCGCUGAUUGCCUCUGCCUCUUUAGCCUCAGGCGUUUACCAUGUACAAUUACCAUUUAUAACGUAAUUAUAUUUAACACUAUAUUUAUUUUUUCACUUAUUUACUAUCAUUACUAUU